AUGGCUCCUCCGCCGCGCCUGCGCAUCUUAUCAGUCGGUAGUAAUCCUAUCUCGGCUUUCCUCUCCUGGAGACUCCAGGCGACAACCUCGUGCGAUGUGACGCUCGUUUGGAAAUCGAACUUUGAAGCCGUGGCUCAAUAUGGUGUUUCUUUCAAAUCAAAAGCAUUCGGCAACGAACGGUUUAAGCCCCGUCAUGUUGUCCGAACUCCCGAAGAAGCAGCCUCCCGAGAGAAUGCAUACGACUAUGUGCUUUUGUGCGUCAAGGCUUUGCCCGAUAUCUACGAUCUCGCAGCUGUGAUCGAAUCCGUCGUUACUCCCCAACAUACAUGCAUUCUUGUGAACACCACAAAUACUUUGGGCAUUGAAUCGCAUCUCGAGCAACGAUUUCCGACAAAUGUCAUCCUCUCAUUAGUAUCAGGCGUGGAGAUCUCUCAGAUUGGGGCCAGCGAGUUUGAGCAUCUGAGCUCGACAGAGAUUCAUGUCGGUGCGACAAACAAGAAUUCCAGCAUCCCUCCUACAGUACAGAAUGACAUGGCAUCCGCAUUGGCAUUCACUCUUGGUUCGGGACAGGUCGACUGCAAGGUAUCGGGGAAUAUCAGACAGGAGCAGUUUGAGCGUAUGAUUGGCCCAAUCGCUUUUCAUCCCGCGAGUGUUCUGUUCGAAACCUCCAACCUUGCACAGCUGCUUGAAAAGGUCGGAGUGCGUCAGUUGGUAUCGGAUAUAAUUGAAGAACUUGUCGAACUCGCAAAGGCAAACGGCUGUUCAUUCACGAGCGACUUUACCCAGAAGACCAUUGAGAAAAUGAUCGCUGGGGGAGCACCUAGCUCCAUGUACCAGGACUUCCAGGCCCGUCGUCCCAUGGAGGUUGAAACAUACCUUGGAUCUCCCGUCAAAUUAGCCACCGAAUCAAGUGUCCGGGUUCCGCGAAUCGAGACAUUAUACGCCAUGCUUCACCACUUCAACACCGUAAACCAGACUAAACCCCGACACGGUGAUUCACCACCCCCUGUCGUGGUCCAACCACCCUCCGUGAGAAACUCGUCAGCACCGCCACCUGCGAGAGGACCAGCCAAUGGCGCUAUGCGCCCGCACCCGGGAAGGGCUAGUUCUGGGAUGAUGAUGGGGCCCCCGCGGCGCGGACCACCACCGCCCGGAAUGGGAAGACCUCCCAGUGCACAACCACAACAAUCUAAGAUUCCUCGUGAACCUUCUUUGGAGGGCCUGGAGGAGUUUAGUCACCUGGUCCUUUACGAUGAUGCCGCCGACGGCGGAUUACCUCCUCAGAAUGGAAACAAUGGAUAUCCCGAUAUGCCACCACCGGGUCCUCCAUCAGCGGCAACAGAUCUGGCCCUGCGGGAGCGCGAAUUGGCUCUUCGACGACGGGAGUUGCAGAUCCGGGAACAGGAGAUGAGCAUGCGACGUGGACCUCGGAGAGGUCCUCCGCCCAAAGCGGCAGCCUUUGAUGAGGAAGAUGAGGAUGAUUACUUCGAUCCUAUGGAUGCUCCUCCUAUUCCCGGUGUCGACCCCGACAAUGUUGACAUGAUGAGUAUCACUUCGAAGAGGAACCGAAGAAUGCCAAGUGCCAGUCAAAUACGCAAGAAUCCCGAGUUCGGCAUGAAUAUGAACCCCCCUCCUAACAGCCGACCUGCUUCAUCCUUCAGUCGAUACUUUGGAGGGGGAAGGAAACGUGCUAGUGAUCGGAUCCUGCAGGAAAUCCCCAGCCUUCAUGAUUCUCUCAUGGACAACCCCAUGAUGAGCUACUCUUCCAACAGAUACGGCGCUGUCGACCGGAAUCAGAUGCACGUGGAAUCGCGAGCCAAUUCCCUGACCGCCAGUCGAAUGGGUGACUACCCACCACACCCUUAUCCAAACAGCAGGAGAAACAGCCAAUCCCCUGCAACUCCAUAUGGUGGUGGCCCCGGGCCCCGAAUGGGCCGACCAAUGACUGCCAAUGAUCAGACUCUUGGUCCUCCUAACGGCCAUCACGGCGGUCAUCCAUCGCCGCCUGGGAAUAUGCGAGCCCCGGUUCCAAGACAUCCUCCCGGGCAAGGUAACGCGGUAGGUCCACAACAAGUUGAGCAACAUUAUGUGAGCAACUCGCAUCCCGCCAAGGGUACUCCAAAGCAUAGAAGUCUGACCGGAAGUGCGAGCGCCAGCGCGGAGAGUGGUGAUAGCGGGGCUAGCGCCAACCUCGAUUCCGAAGCCUCAGCCCACAGCAGCCAGAUCAGCCUUGGUGCUCAGCAAGCUACGACGCCGGUUCGCUAA